GUCUUCUCACUUUAUACACUCGUUUGGGUCUCUCAAACUGUAGCGAUGGUGAAGAAAUCGGCCAACGGGGAAGUUUAUCACCCCCCGGCAGGAGAGAAGAAACUGAAAGUCGGCUUUGUGGGACUGGACCCCGGGGCUGCGGAGACGAGCCGAGACGGGGCACUUCUCAUCGCCGGUUCCGAGAGCACAAAACGGGGCAGCAUCCUGUGCAGACCGCGGUCCAGCAUCUCCAGGGGGAGAAUAGCUCACAAAAGGAGCGCACGCUAUCGCAGACUGCAAAAUUUCCUUUACAAUGCGUUGGAAAGACCCCGUGGCUGGGCGUUCAUUUACCACGCUUAUGUAUUUCUGCUGGUGUUUUCCUGCCUGGUUUUGUCUGUGUUUGCAACAAUCAAAGAAUUCAAGAAAAGCUCUGAGAGUGCCUUGUACAUCCUGGAAAUCGUGACGAUCGUGGUGUUUGGUGUGGAGUAUAUUGUGAGGAUAUGGGCAGCCGGGUGUUGUUGUCGCUACAGAGGAUGGAGAGGAAGGCUGAGAUUUGCACGCAAACCCUUCUGUAUCAUUGAUAUCAUGGUCUUGUUUGCCUCGGUGUCUGUGCUGGCCGCUGGCUCACAGGGGAAUGUUUUUGCCACCUCUGCCAUUCGGAGUUUGAGGUUUCUUCAGAUCCUGCGAAUGUUGCGCAUGGACCGCCGCGGUGGCACAUGGAAGCUGCUGGGAUCUGUGGUUUAUGCGCACAGCAAGGAACUCAUUACAGCAUGGUAUAUUGGAUUCCUGUGUCUUAUCCUGGCAUCUUUCUUGGUGUAUUCAGUGGAGAAGGAUGAUAAUGCAGCGAUGUUUGAGACCUAUGCAGACGCCCUCUGGUGGGGGCUGAUCACUCUUACAACUAUUGGUUAUGGGGACAAGUUUCCUGUCACAUGGAAUGGACGUUUGAUUGCUGCCACCUUCAGUUUGAUCGGUGUUGCAUUUUUUGCUCUUCCUGCAGGUAUCCUGGGCUCCGGUUUUGCUCUUAAGGUUCAAGAACAGCACAGACAGAAACAUUUUGAGAAGCGUCGUAAUCCUGCUGCAGGACUUAUUCAGGCUGCUUGGAGAUUUUAUGCUACAAACCUCGCACGAACAGAUCUAUUGUCCACAUGGGAGUUUUAUGAGCAGACUGUAUCAGUCCCAAUGUACAGACUCAUCCCUCCUGUAAAUCAACUGGAUAUUUUAAGAAGCCUGAAGGGAAAAUCUGGUUUCAGGAAGGAUUCCCAGCCAGACACCACCCUAAGUCGCAAGCCCAGCUUUAAAGAGAAAGGCAGUCCCAGCCCCUCUAAGAGCGCCGGGGGGAAGGAGGCCAAGACUCCCAAGGCAGGUGAGGGAUUUAAAGAGAGUCCAAGCAAAGUUACCAAGAGCUGGAGCUUUACAGACCGGAACCGACAAAAGCAAGCUUUCAGAAUGAAAGAGGGAGCUUCACGGCAGAACUCUGAAGAGGCAAGUCUUCCAGAGGAGAUUGGGGAUGACAGGGGCUUCCACUGUGAGUUUGUGCCAGAUCUGUCUCCAGGACUCAAGGUCACCAUCAGAGCAAUCUGUGUUAUGAGGUUCCUGGUGUCUAAGAGGAGAUUUAAGGAAAGCCUCAGGCCCUAUGAUGUGAUGGACGUGAUAGAGCAGUAUUCAGCAGGCCAUCUGGACAUGCUCUCACGCAUCAAAAACCUGCAGUCCAGGAUAGAUUUGAUUGUGGGUCCCCCUCCCCCCUCGACCCCUCGUCACAAGAAAGUGGAUCAAAUUGUGGGAAAAGGAGCCAUGGCAGGAGAGAAGGACAAACUUAAGAGUGAUGCAGAGAUGGCUGAAGACCCCAGUAUGAUGGGACGUCUGAACAAGAUGGAAAAACAGGUGGGGGCAAUGGACCUUAAACUCAACUUUUUGGUCAGUGUGUACACCACACAUAUGGGCAUUCCACGUUCUGAGACUGAAGCCCUUCUGGGAUUUAAAAUCUCUUACCCUGCACCUCCCUACCACAGCCCAGACGACAAGAGUGAGAAAGCACCGAAUGACAAAGAGGAGGAGAAUAAUAAUAAUAGCGUGUCUCCUGUCAAACCCGGCCCAAAUAGGACCCCGAGUGUCAGCCAGUGUCAACCCUCUACCUCAUGGCACCAGCAGGAGGAACUUCCUCUUAACGUGCCUCUCUGGAACAACAGCCGAGGAGUGUCACCGAUAGGCACUGAUGACCCCUCGCUGUACCGCAUCCCACCUCCACCUUUCCACGAGGGCACGGACAACAGCCGCUCACGUAGGCCCAGGAGACCGAGGCAGCAGGCGGCCAUCGAAAGUGACACAUCCCUCUCCAUUCCCUCAGUGGACCAUGAAGAACUAGAGCGUUCUUUUAGUGGUUUCAGCAUUUCUCAGGCCAGGGAAGAGGAUUAUGUGCCUCCUGUGAGUCUGGGGCUGUUUGGUGGCGGUGGAGGGGGAGCGCUGUGCACCCAUCUCAGGCCGUACCUAGCUGAAGGAGAGUCAGAUACAGACUCUGACCUGUAUACACCUGGAGCACUGUCCCCUCUGUCUUUUACUGGGGAGGGGGCUUUUGGUGACAGGGUCUGGCCUGGUCCAAAGUAGUCUGGAGCUUUGUAGGAGCUUUGUUUUUGUGUGGACCAUUUAAAAUCAUUGGAGGAAUGCUGUCGAAAUGAGUCCUUUGCAGUCUGAACAUAGAUAACGAAAUUCCUAUCUUGGGUGUGACUACUGACUGCACAAACACAAUUGCAGCAUUGGCAGAGAGAGAGAGUGAAUCAUAAAUGUUGCGAUUUAAAGAAAGACCACAAACUUAGAGACCCUUAUUAAUAACAUGGCAGACAAGUAUGAGGAUGUUUGCACUUACAAAAGGAAAAUAUUGUGUGUAUUCCAUUAAUGGCAUGGAUCUUAACUAAAAAUCAAACAAGGAGCGUCUCUUUAGUUUGUGAGGGCACCACAGCUAUUUCAAACGCACUUUACCUAACUACUGUAUGAUUGUAAUUUUGCUUUAUGAGAUAUUUAUUUGAUAGUUUCUUUUUCUGAAAAGCAUUAUGAGACUAAUGAAAAUGAGUCGUUAAUCUGGGCAUGUGUUUAUUGAAAGUAUUUAAUGGGAACUUUAAAAGGCUCUUUUGGAGAAAAUUAUUUCAGCCAAAGAAAAAGAUGAAAGAAAGCACUUUGUAGCUGCGCAUGCCUUACAGGUAUAUUAUACUUAUAUUUCUUAUCUGUAGAAAGGGAGAGGAAUACAUUUUUAUAGCUACACUGGAAGUCAAAGCACUUUCUAAUAAAGACAUAAUUUAAGAAGAAAUGCAUUAAUAUUUGCAGAAGUACCUGGUGAUGGUCAAAGGAGAAAUAUUCAUGCUAUUGUGUGCAAUCUGUUUUAAUUUUCUAGAAUUGCAAAUGUGCACAUGAUAUAUUUUAUGCUGCAUGGCAUGUUUAUGGAAUAUAGCUUGCUGAUAAAAACCUAAAAAGAUGACAUUCCAAUUAGAAAGGAAUAGCAUUGAAAGAAUAUGUCCCUUUAACUGCAGUCAGAUUGCUUUCUUGGAGACAGACAGUAAAGUGGGAAUAUGUUGCUCCCAUAUAAGAUACAUUUUAAUUUGUUUUAUGUUUUAUUAAUGUCUGUUUUACUUUUCAAGCUAUGUAGGUGUCCUGUAAAGGCAAGAUACCACAUACGUACAUUUGCAAAAUAUAUAACUUUUCCAACUUAAAAGUUAUGCGCUAAUCCAUUUAUCUUAAAUGGUCAUAAGUAAUUAGGGAUGACAAUGUUAUAAGACAUUAAACAUUUUUCAAAGCAUUUCAAAGCAAAUAUUACAAUAUUAAGUAGCAUCCUGUAAGGCAAUAAAGUUGGUUCUAUCUGA